AUGGAAGACACAACAAUAACCGCUGAACAACUACCAGAACGAAAGAUAUGGGACGUUGAAGGCGAAUUGACAGAUGCUCUUUGGUGGUAUGACGAUUAUAAUAAAGAAGUUGGAGACAUUGAUAGUAUGAAUCAUGAGAAAAUAGUGUUCUUCAUGAUUUGUGGAAAUCCCGGAAUUAUCGAUUACUACAUCCCGUUUUUGACCACGAUUUAUGAUAAGUUUCGGCGUGGAGAUAUUGUGAUUGUUGGUGUUUCGCAUCUUGGUCACUCACAUUCUCUCUUAAACAAUGCAAACACCGACUCGAAACUUUACACGCUUCGAGAUCAAAUAGAACAUAAGAUCAAAUGUUUCGACAAAUUACGCGAAAAGUUUUCGUCGUCUAGCAAGUUUAUUUUGUGUGGACAUUCUAUUGGAGCGUAUAUUUGUUCAGAGGUUUUGAGAGCACGUCCGAGUCAUGGAAUUGAAAAAGUUUAUGCAUUGUUUCCGACUAUUCAGAAUAUUGCUCAGACACCAAAUGGGAGAAUGCUUCAAUUCCUCUUCUACGAACGAUCCCGAAACCUUGCCGGACCAUUUAUCCAACACCUUCGCUCCCUUUUCACGCCCGGAAACUUCAAAUACCUAAUCGGUUUAAUCACCUGGCAACAAGAACCCACCCUCUCUGUAACGGCCGACAAACUUCUCUACGGCAGCAUCGUCAAAAAUACUCUGCGUAUGGCCGAGACCGAAAUGCAAGAGGUCCAAGAACUCGACGAACAAUUCUAUCGUGAGCACUUACCAAAAUAUGUCUUUUAUUUUGGGCAGGAGGAUAAGUGGGCCCCAUUGGAUCAUUAUCGUAAUUUGAUGGAACGGUUUCCAGAGGGAAAUGUUUUUCUUUGUGAAGAUGGAAUGACGCAUGCUUUUGUUAUGGGGCAUAGUGAAAAAAUGGGCAGUAAAGUGGCAAAUUGGAUUAAAAAUCCUCCUGCCUUAUCUAAGCGAUAG